AUGAAGUUGGACACUAGAGCAAUGCGCCAUCUGGCGGCCGAGGACUGGCGAGUCCUCACAGCAGUCGAAAUGGGAAGCAAAAACCACGAGAUCGUUCCAACUCCUCUAAUAGAAAAGCUGGCCCGCCUUCGAGGCGGCGAAGCCAAAUACGACGGAUAUCGCCUGACAUACGGUGGACUCGACUACCUCGCGCUACACACCCACGCCAGCCGCAAGGAUGUCUACAGCGUCGGCAACCGAAUCGGCGUAGGAAAAGAGAGCGACAUCAUGGUUGUCGCAGAUCACUCCGGCAAGCAGUGUGUACUCAAGAUCCAUCGCCUUGGGCGAAUAUCUUUCCGAACAGUCAAAUCAAACCGAGACUACCUAAAGAACCGCAAUGCCCAGUCGUGGAUGUAUCUCUCAAGGCUCGCCGCCAUGAAGGAAUACGCCUUCAUGAAUGCGCUUCACGAGGAAGGCUUUCCUGUGCCGGUGCCGCUGGCACAAUCCAGACAUACCAUCGUCAUGUCCCUGGUAGACGCAUUCCCUCUCCGACAAAUCAGCGAGGUUCCCGACCCGGCCUCGCUCUACGCAGAUCUCAUCUCCCUCAUCCUACGCCUAGCAAGCCAUGGCCUGAUUCACGGCGAUUAUAACGAGUUUAAUAUCCUAGUCAAGGAGAUUAAAUCAACAGCCGAGGACGGCACAGAGUCUAUCGUACUCGAGCCAGUUAUCAUUGAUUUUCCACAGAUGGUUUCCAUGGAGCAUGUCAAUGCCGAGAUGUACUUUGAUCGAGAUGUAAACUGCAUUAAGCGUUUCUUUUUACGACGAUUUCAUUUCACACCCUCCCAACCAGGGCCUUUUUUCAAGGACGCAAAGAAGACUGUUGGAAAGGGUGGUCUGAAGCGGUUGGAUGCUACCGUUGAAGCAUCAGGCUUCACCAAGAAGAUGUUGAAAGAUCUUGAGGCAGCAAUCAAAGAUAAAAAGACGGACAAGGAAGGUCAAGAGGGGGCAAACGAGGAUGACGAUGACGACUACGAUGAGGAUGGUGAUGAGGAUAGUGAAGAAGAGGAAGGAGAAGAGGGUGAGGGUGAGGAUGAGGAUGAAGGUCUCUUGAGUGGUGAGCCGGCCAUAGACAAGGCCAACAGCGAAAUGGCAAAACUGGCAGUAUAG